AUGAUUGAAGGAGAACAGGCGGAACUCCGAGCAGCUGUGUUUUUAGCGCUAGAGGAGCAAGAAAAAGUAGAGAACAAAACUCCUUUAGUCAACGAGAGCCUGAAAAAAUUUUUAAAUACGAAAGAUGGCCGGCUGGUGGCCAGUCUUGUUGCUGAGUUCCUUCAGUUCUUUCAUCUGGACUUUACCUUGGCUGUUUUUCAGCCUGAAACUAGCACAUUUCAGGGUCUUGAAGGUCGAGAGAAUUUAGCACGAGAUUUAGGUAUUAUUGAAGCAGAAGGUACUGUGGGUGGACCCUUAUUAUUAGAAGUGAUCAGACGCUGCCAACAGAAAGAAAAAGGGCCAACCAGUGGGGAAGGUGCACUAGAUCUGUCUGACGUACAUUCUCCACCAAAGUCACCGGAAGGAAAGACAAGUGCACACACAGCUCCCAGUAAGAAGACCAGCAAUGAUGCUAGUCAGAGUGAUACAAGUAUCUCCUCGUCAGAACCAAAGAGCAAAAGUAGUCUUCAUUUAUUGGCCCAUGAAACAAAAAUUGGAUCUUUCUUAAAUAACAAGAGUCUAGAUGUCAAAGACAAAGCUGGUCUUUGUCCAGAUGAAGAUGAUAUGGAAGGAGAUUCUUUCUUUGAUGAUCCCAUUCCUAAACCAGAAAAAACUUACGGUUGGAGAAGUGAACCUAGUAAGCAAGUAGGAAGCCUUGCAUCGCUCUCUGACGCCCCCCCCUUAAAAAGUGGACUCAGCUCCCUUACUGGAGCCCCCUCAUUGAAAGACUCUGAAAGUAAAAAGGGAAACACAGUUUUGAAAGAUCUGAAAUUGGUCAGUGAUAAAAUUGGAUCACUUGGAUUAGGGACUGGAGAAGACGAUGACUAUGCUGAUGACUUUAAUAGUACCAGCCAUUGCUCAGAAAAAAGUGAGCUGAGCAUUGGUGAGGAGAUCGAGGAGGACUUCUCUGUGAAGAUCGAUGACAUCAACACCAGUGACAAACUUGAUGACCUCACACAGGACCGAACUGUGUCCCAGCUCAGUGAUGUUGCAGAUUAUCUGGAAGAUGUUGCAUAGACAUGAAAGAAGGAAGUAUUCUAAUCGACAAAGGACAAAGGACUCUGAUUAGUUCCAUUUUUUUUUUCCAGACAAUCAUUCUUUGCUGGAAUGUCUCCUCCCUAUUGGUGCCUUGUGUUUCAAGAAGACUGCAGAUAUUUUUAAAAUUAAAAUUUUUAAAAUUAACUUUUCAUUAUACUAAACAAAAUACUUCUUAAUUGAGCCCAUGUGUGGAUUCCUAAUUUGGUUUAGCUACAUGUUUCUCUAUGGAAAUUAUUUGUGCUCAAAUUCAUUAUAAGGAGCGAACCCGUGAAAAUACCAGUAUUAAGACCAUCCUAAAGGUGUCAAUAAAGCUACAGGCUCAC